UUUAUUUUUUAUAGAACUUAUGCACCGAAUGAUAGUUUGUGCAUAUGAGACAUGUUUUCUACAAGGUAGAACAGUUUUUCAAGGAGGAGCAACAGUUGGAAAAACUCUGUUAGCUCUUACAGUUGUUCGAGCUGAUAAACUAUUUAAUAUAAGAGGUCAACAAUCUGAUGUUGUUGCUUUAAUUCCUGGUGGUGAUAUUGGUUGGGAACGAGCAGCACGUCGUUCAAUCACAAAAAACUUAGUUUUUGCAUUCUUGUUUCCACUACCUUUUAUCACAGCAGCAGCUAAUCAAAAUAGAUGUGCAUAUGAUGUUUUGUGUGGAACAAUGGUUGUAGAAGUUAUACAACCCCUUAAGUGUGACCAAUCUGAACUUAUUCCUAUUGAGUCAUAAGAUUGUUAUUUAAUUAUUAUUUGUAUAAAAUGAAUUAAUCAUAACUAGGGCUCAGAAGUUGAUGACCUUAAAAACAAUAAAAAUGACCUAAAAAAAAUGCAAAUAUAAUGACAUAAAA